AUCGGCUGAUCAGACCACUGCGUCAGCGACCAAAACUGCCACAUUCGUGCACGAGAACCGUGCCCGGUGCUCAGGCAGUGCACAACGCAUCAGUGUUCUCUAACGAGUCUCUCUCCGUGCUUCAAACGGGACUUCUGACACCGCUCGUGCAGUCAAAACACCAGCAGUAUGAAAACCAUCGUCGUCCUAGCCGCCACCGCAUCCGUCAGCAGCGCCUUGGGCCCGCUGGCCCCCUCCGUGUCUGCCCGCGACAUGAUGCCAAAAAAACUGGGCGCUCGCUGGUACACGGGCUACCAGACGGCGUACCCGAACGGCGCGAAAGACAUGCCAGACGCGCCACCCGAGAGCACGAGCGCUACGCUCGGGGACCACGAACCCGCGCUUUUCAAUUUCUGGAAGCAGAUUCACGAGCAAUCUGAUGUGUACGAGGUCGCGCUCGCGCGGCCCCUGGGAAUCGUCUUCGAGGAGAUUGCGCCGCUUGGCGCGGCGCCCGCGGGCGUCAAGGUCAUCGAGGUGUCGGAGGGCUCCAACGCGGAGAAGGCGGGCUGCGUCGCCGUCGGCGACGUCCUCGUGGGCGUCACCGGCGUCCGCUACCCGGGCAGCGCGUACCUCGGCGCGGCGAAGCCGGAACGCGACAUCUUCCCGGCACACGAGAUGAAUUUUGACCAGGUCGUGGAGGCGAUCGGGUCGAACGAGCCGCCGGAGUGCGACGACGUCAUCCUGCGGCUCCGGCGGGCGGCCUAGAGCGCGUG